UCUAGCUCGAACCCUGGCACGUGUCUCUCGCGCGAGUAAAUUUGAUUGACAGAUUAGGGUCUACCAGUAGCUUUUAUGGAAGCACUUGGGCACAGGGUGGGUGGAGCAUCCUGGGGUUGGCUUGGUAUUUAAACCGACGCCUGACAGGUGUUAUCCCAAAGUUUGAUAUCAAUCCAAGAUCGCAGCAGACGACACUUCUUUUCCAUGGUCGCGAGCUGAGAAGUACGCCAGUUCCACACGACAGUCGCGCGACGAAGUAUCAGAGACAUCGCAAUGACGACUACACUGAGCUUGGUGCCUUUACAUACUUUAUCUACGUCUGCAAGUAAUGGUAUCCAGAUGACCACGGGUCCUUACAUACUAGUGCGAGCCACCUUACCGUCUGAUGUUCCAGCAAAGAGAAUAUUAAAGAAACCGGAAAACGUCAUAUCGAAGGAACCAGAGGCCUUGCGCUGUAAGCGGCGAACAGAUUCACAGGGUCUGCAUAAUAUUUUACCUAGACCACAGCCUGCAGCAGUGGCAAGACGGAAUGAGAGGGAAAGAAACAGAGUGAAAAUGGUCAAUCUUGGGUUUGAAACACUUCGAGAGCAUGUUCCUAGUGGAAAGAAAAACAAGAAAAUGAGCAAAGUUGACACUUUGAGAGCAGCGGUAGAAUAUAUCAGACAAUUGCAAACUGUGCUUCAGAGUGAGAACUUGGACGAAAACAGUGCAUCGAAUUCUUCAACUUCAUUUAAUACAAUUGACUUUGCAGCAUUAUCGCCAUCACAAAGUGACUUCUCCCAUUGUAACUCCACGGAACAACUUUCUCCAGCGCCAAGCAUGUCCUCCGACGCCUUCUCAGAGUCGUUCAGUUCGGAGGAAGAUGAACUUCCAGAUCUGGCUUCGUGGUUCUCUUGAGUUUUCACGGACUUUUCUACACUAGAUUUGUAUUUAAACCUGUAUUACCAUGACAACGGAGAUGUGUGCAAUUAAAGAACCAAUCAGGAGUGAGUUGCUAUAGAAACAACCUGACGUUCUACAAAACAAGAACUGCCUGCAAACUUGUUCAAGGACAGAUUUUAUUUUUGAUCUCUUUUAAUAUAUAUAGAAUGUGUUCAAAUCUUAUGCAUUCCAUGUGUUCAAUCGUUAUAUACAUGUAUAUAUGUACCUUCUGUGUUCUACUUAACGAAAAUGAGUAAUGUUAUUACCCUCGUUCACAAAGUGCUUCCAUAUUAUGCCGAUGUUAUUUAUACGAAUUUUUAAUCCAGUUUUUCAGUGUUUUACCACAUUUGUACAUAAUGACCUUGUAUAUGUUACUUUUAAAUACUAUGACAAAUUUUGUACAUUGUUAAUGUUAACUGAUAAUGCAUUGCAUAUUUUUUUGUCUUUUUGACAUUUUUUUUUAUUAUGACAAAUAAAUAUUACAAAAUAGA